CUUUAUUUUAUCCCUCUUUUUCCAGUGUUUGCUUUCGUGCAUGGUUUUCUCCUCCCAAAAUUAGUGUGUUUUUAACCGAUAAUUAAAAAGUUGCAUUAUUAAUUAAUUAAUUAAUUAAUUUUUUUUUUAAUUUAUUCCACUUUUGUCCCUUAAUAUUGGUUUGUUGUGAUGGCCAUCAUUUGCAUCAAAGGUAACUGUCCCUUCUCUCCAUAAUUUGUUUUUUCUUUUUUUCUUCAACUUUCAACUACCUUAUAGCUACUACUACUUCUAGUAAGAGAAACACCACCAAUAGAGAGAGAGAGAGAGAGAGAGAGAGAGAGAGAGAGAGAGAGACAAAAAGAGACACUGUCCUUAGUUGCUAGCUAACUCAUCUUUCUGCAUACUUUUCUUGCUUGUCAGAUCUUGCUCUGCACCAGAUAUUUCAUCAAAAUCUCUUUUUUUUUGAAGAUCAUAAAAAUUCCCAACAUUUUUUUUCUUCGAGCAUCUUUUCGAUCCUUCUUUUUCGAUUAAAUUCGACUCGAUUAUAUAUAUGGAGGAAGACAAAGAUCAGAAGCACAUAUGCAGAUUCUGCAGCAAAAGUUUCCCCUGUGGUAGAUCCUUGGGUGGUCACAUGAGGUCUCACUUGAUCACUGUUCCAUCGACCGAUCAUCAAAAAGCGGACGAAAACACCCCCGACAAGAAAAAGAAGACCAAGAAACUCCCUCCACUUGUUAAUGGAGGAAUAAUUCCAAUUCCGAAAAAGCCAAACAAGCCCCUAAACUCAAGCGAGGAAGAUACUUUGCUUCGAGAAAAGCUCUGCAAGGAAUGCGGCAAAACUUUCCAAUCUUGGAAGGCCUUGUUUGGCCACAUGAAAUGCCACUCUGUCAACGGGAAAACACUCGCAAGCUCGAACGCGAUGGAGGAAUAUUCCUCCAACAGCCAAUCGGACAACAACAACGAAUUAGAAGCAUCGGCGAAACCUAUGCUGCCGUGUAAGAGAAAGAGAUCGUACAGAACGAAAAGGUACACAACGACAUCCAAUACAAACUCGUCUUCUGUGACCAACACGAAUCUAUCGUCUUCGAUUUCCGAGAUCGAAGAGCAAGAAGAACAAGAGGAGGUUGCUCUGAGUUUGAUCAUUCUUUCGAGGGACAGAGGUGAUUGGCGGAGUGGCAAUAGCAAUUCCGAUCGUAGUUCCGAUUUUCUUGAACCUAAGAGAGUUGGUAAAGAAUUGGAGAUCAAAAGCCUACCUAUUUCAAGAAACGGGCUCGAGUCGGAAGUUAACUCGCCGAAGAAUUUGAUCGAGGGAGGCGGAAUAUUCUUCGAACGAGAGAGGCGAAACAAGAUUAAUAAGGCGAGAAGGAGUUUGAAUAAUAAUAAUAAUGUGGCUAGUGAUUUCGAGAACAAGAGCAAAUGUUUCACGUGCUCGAUUUGCAAGAAGGCGUUUUCGUCGUAUCAAGCAUUAGGCGGUCAUCGGGCGAGCCACAAGAAGUUCAAAGGGUGCUGUGCUCCGAUAACCGGAAACAUGUUCGAACCCGAAAAUUCACACAGUCAAGGUGGUAAUAAUAAUAAUAAUAGUAAUCAAAAUAAUAAUAAUGAUAAGGUAAUUGUAAGUGGAAAAAGUAGCAAAGAACAUGAGUGCCCAAUUUGCUUCAAAGUUUUCUCAUCUGGUCAGGCUUUAGGUGGGCACAAGAGAUCACACUUGAUUGUUAAUCGAAAUCCGGUUAUCGAAAAAACCCGUAAUUUUCUUGAUCUCAAUUUGCCGGCUCCCGAUGAAGAAGAAGAAGAAGAAUGCAAUGAAUUCAAGCCGUGGUGGAUCGAGCCGAGCCGCGAGCAGGAGCCGUUGCUCGGCUUGCUUUCGAGCUGAUGACUUAGCAAUAACCUUUUCUCGUCGUCAAAGAAAACGAGUGCAAGUUGUAUAGAUUCAUUGAUUCUUUACCAAAAAAUCGAAGUUGAGCCCCGAAAUUUUUUCCAUUACAGUUUUACAUAUGUUUCUUUAAUAUGUUGUUAUAUAUCAUUUAUGAACUAUGUAGUAUUGUUGAUGAAUUACUAUUUUUUUUACUAUU